AUGGUGCCAAAUCAAACGACUGCGCAUGUGCAGGAGUGGGACGGGCGGGAGGGGGUGCAGCUGCGCAACAAGCCGCCGCACUGGAACGAGGGUCUGCGAUGCUGGUGCCUCAACUUCCGCGGCCGGGUGAAGCUGGCGUCCGUCAAGAACUUCCAGCUCAUCCUGAGCUCCGACCCCUCCAAAACCAUCGUCAUGCAGUUCGGCAAGGUCGACGCCAACACCUACAUCAUGGACUUCAACCCCUGCGUCGUCUCAACCGCCCAGGCCUUCGCCAUUGCCCUGUCCACCUUUGACACCAAAGUGCUCCUGUGA